GACUGCUCCUCUGACGACCCCUCCAAAAAAAAAAUACUGCUCCUCUGCCGCCGGACAUCCACUCUCCCGUCCGGCGCCCGCGGGGUCGUCCUCCGCGCUCCGCCCGUUCCCCCCUGCACGUCCUCCACCGCGCGAUCCCGACCCGCUUCUCCGCGCCGCGCCGCCGUUCGCUCGACCCCAGCUCUCCCCUGUCCGCGAAGGCGACAACCAGCCGCAGCGGCCCGAAUCCUGGGUGGGAGGGAGAUCUGCCGCGCUGCUCUGCUCGGUCGGCGAUGGAGAAUGGAGCGGAGGCGGGCGGCGGCAGGCCGGAGUACAGCAUCAUCGUGCCCACCUACAACGAGCGCCUGAACGUCGCCCUCAUCGUCUACCUCAUCUUGAAGCACCUGCCUGAUUCCAAGUUCGAAAUCAUUAUUGUGGAUGAUGGAAGCCCUGAUGGCACUCAAGACGUUGUAAAGCAGUUGCAGCAAUUAUAUGGCAAAGGUCGUGUUCUACUGCGAGCUAGACCAAGGAAGCUAGGACUUGGUACUGCAUAUGUGCAUGGAUUAAAGCAUGCCUCAGGGGAGUUCGUUGUUAUAAUGGAUGCAGAUCUAUCUCAUCAUCCAAAAUAUUUGCCAAGCUUCAUCGGGAAGCAAAAGGAAACCGGUGCUGACAUUGUAACCGGCACCCGUUAUGUUAGCAACGGUGGUGUCCAUGGUUGGAAUCUUAUGCGUAAGUUGACUAGCAGGGGAGCGAAUGUUCUAGCACAGACGUUGCUACAGCCCGGAGCUUCUGAUCUGACUGGAUCAUUUAGGCUAUAUAAGCGAAGUGUUUUGGAGGAUGUCAUCUCCUGCUGCGUCAGCAAGGGCUAUGUAUUCCAAAUGGAGAUGAUUGUCAGGGCUACUAGGAAAGGAUAUCACAUCGAAGAGGUCCCAAUAACUUUCGUUGACAGGGUCUUCGGAAUCUCAAAGCUCGGUGGAUCUGAAAUUGUCGGAUAUUUGAAAGGCCUUGUGUAUCUGUUGCUCACAACAUAGGGGAGACGCAUGGUAGAUGCUUGUUAGUGUUCUUUUUCCUUAUGUUACCACAGCUUGAGUUACAUGAAUUUGCUAACAUUCUCAGACUUAGUUGAAUUAUGUACACCAGUUUUUGUCUAUGAGUAUCCUUAUGAAUCGUGUGGCAUCUUGUGUUCCGUGACUUGUAAUUACUCAACUGCUUGCUACCUUGGGAGAACUA